UUUUCCUAAAUGCUUCCAUUCUCCUAUUCAUUCCACAAAUGUAUAGAAUUCUCAGGAAACACAUCACCUCUGUCCCUGUCAUUCUUUCCAUUUUCAUAUAAAUCAGGUUCCCUCGGCUUUUUUCAGCUGCAAAUCAACAACACGAUUCCCAAGUGCUAGAGAUCGCUGUUAUAUAUCCUUCAAUACUUCUUCUGAGCACCAGACCAGAAUCCAUAGAAUAUCAAAUCCACGUAAGCUAACAAAUGAAGCAACAGCCCCUUAACUUGUUUCCAUUGAUCCUGCUUUUUCUGGCUGCCUUUCCAUUCAAAGCAAAAGGGUCUGUCCUGCCAUUCAUAGAUCGUCCUGGAAGUCUUCUAUCUGAUCUCUGGUCAGAUCCCUUCCCGGACCCAUUUCGCGUGCUGGAGCAAAUCCCGUUUGGGUUUGACAGAGAUGAGACAUCAUCCAUCGCUGUAUCUCCAGCCAGAGUGGACUGGAAGGAGACACCAGAGAGACAUGUGAUAAUGGUGGACGUGCCAGGGUUGAGGAAAGAUGAGAUAAAGAUAGAAGUGGAGGAGAACAGAGUUUUGCGUGUGAGUGGAGAGAGGAAGAAGGAGGAGGAACAGAAAGGAGAUCAUUGGCACAGGGUGGAGAGGUCAUUUGGCAAAUUCUGGAGGCACUUCAAGUUGCCAGACAACGUGGAUUUGGACUCUGUGAAGGCUAAGAUGGAGAAUGGUGUGCUUACUCUGACACUGGAAAAGUUGUCACCUGAUAAGAUUAAAGGUCCUAGGACCGUGAGCAUUGCAGGAGAGGAUGAGCAGCCUGCCAAACUUGAGAGUAGUGAGGCCAAGCAGGAGCUUUGAAUCCUGAGCAUGAGUGAACGAUUGCUACUGAUGUAGAGAAAGGCUUUCGAAUUCUCUGUCAAUAAAAGGGUUUCUGCUUGAGCAAGACUCCUUUUUCCGCCUUCUUUUCCUUUCUAUGUAUGGGUUACUUGAUGUUUGGUGAUGAUGGGAAUAUGCAGCGUUGUACUGGCUUUACUGUAAUCUCCUAGUGAAUGUGGAGAAAUUUUCUUAAAUAUGAAUAUCAUGUCUU